AGGUUUUGGUAACUCUCCACGAGCGCUCUUUUGCCGGCCGGAAUCUCUUCCUCUAACAACAUUUGUAGCUCUGCCAUCUUACAUCUCACCCCGCAGAGCCUCCCUUCCCUCUCUGCCUUCCCUUUGAUUGAAACAGCCACUAGCUCAGCGAGAGAGAGAGAAAAAAAAGCCUCUGCUCUAUUGUGGGAUUCCUGCCUCGCUUUGGCGUUACCUCAACCCGAAGAUCGUUUGUGUUAGUGAGGAGGACUCACUCUGGAGGGAGAAAGUGGGACCGGUGUUUGGUGAGCAAGCAGAUAGAAAACGCGGAGGAUCCUGGAACUUGUAGGCAACAUCAACAACCGUUAGAAACACUACAAUACCCAUGGUGCUUCACUGCUUUGGCGUUAUCAUAUUGUUCAUGGCGUUGAGUGCUGAAGACAGGUUCUGACAAACAGAUAGGCCGUGGACUCUAACGGUUGUGUUGACUGUCUCAGUGUGACACAAUGGAGGUCCAGAGUGUCACGGUGGAGGAGGAGAGGCGUUUGAUCCAGCUGAGGUUCGAUGCCGCCGUCAAAGUGAUCAAGAGUUUACCCCCGGAUGGUCCCUUCCAGCCCUCCAACGACAUGAUGCUCAAGUUCUACAGUUACUACAAACAAGCCACUGUGGGAGCGUGCAAUAUACCCAGACCUGGAUUCUGGGAUGCAGUCGGCAAAGCAAAAUGGGAUGCGUGGAACUCUCUCGGCGAUAUGCCAAAAGAAGAAGCAAUGACGGCCUACGUUGAUGAAAUGAAGUUGAUCCUCGAGGGGAUGCCCAUGACUGACGAGGUGGAGGAGCUCCUGCGCGUGCUCGGCCCGUUCUACGAGCUAAUCGAGGAGAAGAAGAAAAUCACACAGAUAUCAGACCUGAGCACAGGGUUUGGUACGAUGCUGAAUACAAUGCCUUCGAAGAGCGUCACAAAGAGCAUCAUCAGAACCAUGGAAAUGAACGGCACCCUGCAGAUCCGUCCCUCUAGAGUCAAAUCAAAAGAAGUGCGGGAGACGUCAGAGGAAGAGGCCCAAGAAGAAGAUGAAGAAGAGGAGGAGGAGGAAGAAGAAGAGGCAGAGGAGGAAGAAGAAGAGGUUAUAAGGGAGAUCAGAAAAGAGAAGAAAUCAGCAGCAACGCAGCCAAAGAAGAAAGGAGCAGCCAGGAGACACAAAGCCCCUCUCUCAAACGGUAAAGUGGCAAACGGAGGCACCCAUCUGACUAAUGGGAGUCACUCCAGGACCACCCUGAGCGCUGAGGACUCCCAAGAGGGCGAACCUGUCCUCAACGGUCACAGCACAGAUCCCAGCAUGGAUGUGUCCGGCCCCGGUCACCUGGCCAGUGACUCUGACAGCGAAGUCUACUGUGACUCUGUGGACCAGUUUGGCCAGGAAGAGAACUCAGAGCACAACCGCUCUUUGGACGAGCUGGACGAAGAGGAGAACCACGUCCCGACACCUCUAGAGGAGCCGGAGGAGGCAGCGGCAGCACAAGAGGUCCAGGCGGACAUUCAUGAUCCUCCUCAGGUCAUCAGGUGUGGAGGUGAAGACGGAGACAACAGUGGAACAGUUUCACAGAGGCAGAGGCUGAAUGCAGGGAUGCCAGACAGCUCUGUGGUCAGGAGAGGACGGGGCUCCAGAUCUACAGGCCUGGGCUCUGGAUCUCUAAUGCCCGGGUACAGCGGUGGCGACGGGGAUGGAAGUCGCGGGGGCGGCACGGUGACACCCGGGGGGAGCCUGAACGAGCAGAUAGUGGUGGCGUUGGCUCGUCUGCAGGAGGACAUGCAGAGCGUUCUGGAGAGGCUGCACACCCUGGAGGCUCUGACUGCCAGCCAGGCGAGGUCCAUGUCCCUGUCUCCAACUUAUGCUCCUCCUCCACUGAACAAAAAGAGACAGAAACCCUCCUGGUGGCCUUUUGACAUUUCUCCGACCAGUCUGGCCUUUGCUGUCAUAUGGCCAUUUGUGGUUCAGUGGCUUAUCCGCCUUUACCUGCAGAGGAGGAGAAGGAGAAUCAACUAAGCCUCCAAACUGGCAUCGACGAGGAAGAGGAGUCCUCUACAUGUCUUCUGUUGGGCUGCUAAUGGCUGUAACUCCCUCCCUUCUGCUUCGACCCACAGCCCACAAAUUUGCUUUUGCACUAUGAGGAAGGAUGGUGUCUGUCGUAAUGAACAAGAGGAGGAGUUCUCUCUCUCCAGUGUGUUGUACUGUGGAUGUGGAAUCAGAUAGAAACAUGAAUGUAAGGGCUUGCAGUCUGUGACUAUACAGCCUUUUUGAAGGUGAUACCACUGUACUGGGAGGGUUCGUCUCUGUAAGAAAUGGUUUGGGUUGAGAAGAAGAAGAACGUAGAGUUGGGAUAUUACCAGCGUGUUUAGAAACCAAUUACAGUAGCUUCUCAAUUAUUCCCAUAACUAAGGCUUUGUUGCACAAAAAAGGGCCCCAAAACUCUCUUGAUUUGAACACAACGCUUGAUGUGGCUGUAUAUUUUCAUUGACGUUAGUGCCCAGGUAAUGCUGCUAUAAUAAAACUGUAAUGACUAGUUUAGAGUGAGGAUUGAAUGUAAUAUAUUGAGAUGUUGCGAUUCUUUUAAAUUCAGAGAAUAAGUUAAUAUUUAUUGCUUUUAGCAACCGUUUUGAUGAAGGCACAUAUGGCCAGAUUUCCGCUGUUUAAUGAGGUUCGUGUUUAAAGUGAGUGCUAAAUGUCGUGUGUAGGUUACAUGAGGUUCUCAUCACCUAUCAUAUCUGUCCAUGCUUUACUUGGAUGUGUUCAAGUCUCCUCUUCAUCGAUUUCCAUAUAGAAGAAGUGCCUCAACAUCAUAAGGUACAUUUGAACUGUAGGUGGCAUUAUGAUUUUUAUACAUUCACAUACUGUAGCAUAACUGUUUAAGUGCUGGACCAAAUGAACAUUAAUACGUAGUGAGCCGUGAGGUGGUGAGAACCUGAUUUCCCUCUUAGCUAUGAGAGCAUUCAUGAAUAACUCAUCAUCCUGUGUUGUGUCAUGUUUUCUAUGGUAUCAUUUUAAUGUGUGACAUCAUGUGUUUAUAAGAAUAUUGUGAAGAUUUUCGUGUGAGUGAUAGUAAUCAUCAUGACUUGUUUGCAAAGCAGUGCGAUCUUUACAAAGUGUAUCUAUAGAUGUACAGUCCAGAUUUAAAAUGCAGUAUUUUAAUUGCAUUCUCAAACGUUAUUAAUAUAGAAUACUGUAUCAUAUUUACAAAGGUUUGCUUCUGCAAUAGCACUAAUCAUGCCAGAGCCAUUAUGUUUUAAUAAAAAAGUAUAACUUUCUACUGAAACGAGCUAAGGCUUCCUCACUCUCUCUGCCUGUGGUAGAGAGGUGUAUGCAUGUGAUAAUCUGAGCCUCAAAUAAAAUUUUCAUAAAGCA